UAUGUAGUGUUAGUAAUAUUUAAUUAUGUGUAAACAUAAAUAGAGGUGUUGGAUUAUCAGUUACAGAAAUUUCACACGUGUAAUUUAUUUUAAUGUUAUCUCACACUAAAUAUUUCACUGUAGAGUUAAUCAUGGUGGAAUACACAGUUGAAGUACACAGUACAACUGUCUUCACCCUAGAGGAGAUCUCCAUCAGGCUCAUUGGGACGAACGGUGAGAGUGAACCUCAGAUUCUCCACACUUUCUCACUUUCAUCGGUAUAUACAUCCAAUGUUUCCUGUACAAAAAGUGUUGGUACCCUCCUGCUAGUUGAAUUGAAAGCCAAGCCGAGCGGAUUCAAGUAUGUCUUCCAGGAGUGGUUCUGUGCCAAACUCGUGGUGACCACACCUGAAGGUGAGAAAGUCCACUUCCCAUGUUACCAGUGGCUGAACAGCAAAAAGCCAGUUGUGAGCCUCAGGAAUGACAAAGCAACACUUAGAAACGAGGAAACAAACGCCGCACUUUUACGCCAAAGGUACCAGGAGCUUGCAGUGAUGCAGCGAGACUUCAAAUGGAAGAAAUAUCACCAUAAGUUACCUUAUAUUAUUGAUGCUGAAACACCAUCUGAUCUGCCUCAUGAGGCCAGGUUCUCUUUCACCAAAAACAUAGAGAUGAAAUUCAACGCACUGGCAGUACUGGCGGAGUUGAAGGUUCAAAGCUUUAUGGUCGGCUCGGAGUCAUGGGAGUCACUAGAACAACUUCAUUCAUUCCUCUGGUACCCGACACCUAAAGAAUAUGUCAGGCAGCACUGGAAGUCUGAUAAAUUCUUUGGCUAUCAGUUCCUGAAUGGACUGAACCCUCUGUUGAUUGAGCGUUGCUCCAAGCUGCCCCACAACUUCCCAGUCACGGAUGACAUGGUCAAGUCGUCUUUGGGACGACGCCAUUUAGACAGUGAAAUGAAGGAAGGGAACAUCUUCCUCUGUGACUAUAAAAGACUGAGCGGGUUUGAAGGAAAUAUGAUCAACGAUAGAAGGCAGAGUCUGACCGCUCCUCUCUGCUUACUCUAUAGCACGCCUAAGGGGAACCUAAUUCCCUUAGCGAUUCAGUUGUACCAGGAGCCCAGCGAGGAGAAUCCCAUCUUUCUUCCCACUGACUCCAAAUGGGAUUGGCUCCUGGCGAAGACUUUUGUGAGGAGCGCGGAAUUCCAUGAACACGAGCUGAACUUCCAUCUGCUGCGAACACACCUGCUGGCUGAGGUUUUCUCUCUUGCAACACUGCGCAACCUGCCUUCAGCCCAUCCACUGUUCAAGCUCCUGAUGCCCCACACUCGCUACACUUUCCACAUUAACAUCAUGGCCAGACAUUUGUUGAUCUCAGAAGAUGGGAUUUUCAAGAGGCACACUGCCAUAGGGCGUGAUGACGCGGUCAACACUUUUCUGCCGAGGGCAGUCUCCUCCCUGACCUACAGCUCUCUCUGUCUGCCGGACAAUAUCAAGGAGAGAGGUCUGGAGAAUAUCCCCAACUACUACUACAGAGACGAUGGCCUGAAGUUCUGGGACAUCAUCCACAAGUUCGUGAGAGGAGUGUUGACUUGUUACUAUAAAACUGAUGGCGACGUGAAAGAAGACCCUGAGUUACAGAAAUGGAUCAGUGACAUAUUUGAGUACGGAUUCCUGAAGAAAGACGAGACUGGAAUCCCCCGCUCUUUCAGCAAAGUGGAAGAGGUUGUCAAGUUCGUCACCAUGGUGAUCUUCACAGUGUCUGCUCAACACGCUGCCGCCAACAACAGCCAGUUUGACUUUGGAGGAUGGAUGCCCAACCUGCCCACCUCCCUCAGACUCCCUCCCCCCAAGAAGAAAGGAGAAUCCACAGAGACGACCUUCUUGCAAACUCUUCCUGAUGUCACCACCACCAUUCACGGACUGGCCGUUCUGUUCCUGCUGAGCAAGAAAUCUUUUGACCAUUAUCCGCUGGGGGUCUAUACAGAGGAUCUGUUCGGUGAUGACGAAGCCCGUCGGCACAUUUCAGAAUUUCAAGAAGACCUCCGCAAACUUACCAGUGAGAUUGACGCCAGGAACAGCGAUCUCAAAAUGCCAUACGAUUACUUGAAGCCAGCCAAUGUGGAUAACAGUGUUGCCCUUUAGAGUGAACAGAGGAGGGCAGUAACGAGUUACUCUGGCACAGUUACACUUUAAUACAAUCAGGAUUUUGCAUGCCAGCCUAAUAAAUCAAUUGAUUUUUGAUCUAAUAGUUUUUUUGUAAAAAAUAAAUGUAGAUGAAAAUUAGUGAAUAUGGGGAAAGAGAAGGCAAAAUAAAUAUUGUGUAAAAGGUGGUGGGUGCUCUAUCCUUUCCUAUGAUUUUCCAAUAUAGAUGCUGUUCUAUCCAAUAUAAGUAUAACAACAAACAAGCAAUAAAAUCCAUGAACGUCGCUGUACAGUCUUGUGGUUUCUUAUAACAGCUCCCAGAAUGUGAACCCGUGCUACUGAUUUCUACCAUAUAUGAAA